GGGGAAAUGAGCGCGCGCGAGCGAGCGCCCGUACGAGCGACGGGGGCGCGCGGGCCUUUUUCCCCUUCCCGCCGCGACGCGAAUCCCUCCGCCAGGUUGGGCCUGAGCGACUAAGCCGCGCGUGAUUCGGCGCAGCGGAAGGCGCCUUCACGGGCCCGGGGGCGAUGGCGGCGGCCGAGGUGGAGUCGUCGCUGGAGCUGAGCCUGUCGAGCAGCUACGCGGGGCCGGGGACGUUGCCCCCUGCGCGCUCCCGCAUCUUCAAGAUCAUCGUCAUCGGGGACUCGAACGUGGGGAAAACGUGCCUCACUUUCCGCUUUUGCGCGGGCCGCUUCCCGGAGCGCACCGAGGCCACCAUCGGGGUGGAUUUCCGAGAACGCGCCGUCGACAUCGACGGGGAGCGCAUCAAGAUUCAGCUCUGGGAUACAGCAGGACAGGAGCGAUUCAGGAAGAGCAUGGUACAGCACUAUUACAGGAAUGUACAUGCAGUCGUUUUUGUAUAUGAUAUGACAAAUAUUGCCAGUUUCCAUAGUUUGCCACUGUGGAUCGAGGAAUGCAAACAACACUUGCUCACCAAUGAUAUACCCCGGAUUUUGGUUGGAAAUAAAUGCGAUCUGAGAAGUGCAAUUCAGGUCCCUACGGACAUGGCUCAGAAAUUUGCUGACACUCAUAGCAUGCCACUGUUUGAAACGUCUGCUAAAAACCCUAAUGACAAUGAUCAUGUGGAAGCCAUAUUUAUGACCCUGGCUCAUAAGCUGAAGAGUCACAAGCCACUCAUGCUUAGUCAGCUAUCCGAUAACACAAUUCACUUAGAACCUGCAGUAAAACCUGCCAUGCCAUGUUGGUGUUAGCUCACUAUUUUUGCAGUCAUCACUUUGGUCUGUUUGCCAGUGCUUUGAGAGUAUGGUGUUGGUAAUGUUCCAGUUUAGUAGAAAUUACGUUGAAUCUGCAGGGCACUUUAUUGUAUGUCCUCACAUCUGGAUGUGUGCCACUCUUAUCUCUGCACUUUGUUAACUGUAUCUAAAUUACUGAAGAUUUAUGGAAGUUAGAUUUGUGAAGCUUGACUCUGGUCCCAUUGAAGUAGCUUAGUUAUGAGAUCUUUUCUCCACUAAAAUAGAAAUGUGUAGGUUAGGUCAAAUCACUGAUGCCUUUAGCAUUCAAUUUGAGCAGAUCACGGUUCUAUAGAAACCCAAAGAGUAGUAUGACAUAAUUUUAAGUGAAUUACUUUUAGUUAAUUUGGUAAAUUGAUUUGUGAAUUGUACUUCUAUCACAUGUCUUAAUUAUGCAGUGGAAUGAAGACUUGACUUGAGCACAAGUGUUAAGUCACCUCUUGCCUUCAUCUCAUUACUUUAAACUCUAGGUUAGUCAA